AUGUCCAACACCGACCAAACCCUCCUAAGUCAAAUCCGAAACCAAUACUUCCAACAAAUCCCAAUCCGUCUCUUCAACUUCCAUACCAUAGUCCCAUCUCUCGACCUCCAAGAACAUAUCCUUGACACGACGACAUCAGCAAAACGACACCAACCACAUGCAUCAUACCGUCUCGUAUUCCUCAAGCAUCUCAUCCAUUUAUGUGAAGUACACGCCCUUGAAGUGUAUGAACCGAUAUAUGACGCUGUCGCUGCUUGCAUCUCGACAUCAAAUACAGAAACGAUGACAGUCAAAACAUAUUUUCCACCAAGCAUGCAACCGAUAGAGUUACAUGAAAGCAUGGCAAUGAUAUCUGGUGGUACGACGGGGCUAGUAACGUGGACGGCGAGCCUGCGUCUCGCAGAAUACAUACUCGCAAAUUCAAACAUCUUUGACAAAUGUAGUAGUGUUGUGGAAUUGGGUGCUGGUGCGGGACUUGUAUCGAUUCUAGCAUCGAGAUUAUGUAAACGAGAUGUAUAUGCGACGGAUUGUCAUUCGCAGGUGGUGGAUAACUUGAUUCAGAACGUUGAGCUAAACCAGUGCAGUAACGUAAAAGUCAAAGUGGUGGACUGGGAGGAUAAAUGUACAAUUGGACAAGUCCCGGCAUCAUCAUUCGUAUUAGGAGCUGAUAUAGUAUUUGAUCCUGUGUUGAUUCCACAUUUGCUGUCGACCUUGGAUGCGCUGAUGGGAGAUGAAGCAUAUAUAGCAUCAACAAUACGCAAUCAAGAUACUUGGAAUGUGUUUGAGGAUGGACUUACUCAAUCCGAAUUCCAAUCUGUUCUUGUAUCUGUCGACAAUCAAGCACAGAAAUGGAUUUAUCCGUUGGAAAAGGAACAAGUCAGGAUUUACAAACUGUCCAGAAAAUUGAAAUAA